UCCGUCAUAGUAUUAAAGGGAAGUAAUCCAUGACUAUGGUUUGAAACGAAACGUAAAUUUGUUUUUCUAACCUUAAUUCAAUUUUAUUGACACGAAGGCUGGACCAAGAUGCCAGCAAAACAGAGGAGAGUGGCUCUCAUGGGCUUUAGAUCGGUUGGAAAAUCUUCUGUAACAAUUCAGUUUGUGGAGAAUCAUUUUGUUGACUCCUAUGAUCCUACAAUUGAAAAUACUUUCCAGAAGACCCUAAAAAUCCGAGGACAGGAAUAUUCUCUACAAGUGAUUGACACAGCUGGCCAGGAUGAAUAUUCCAUUUUGCCCCAGUCCUAUUUUGUUAAUAUAGAUGGAUAUGUGUUAGUGUAUUCUGUGAAUUCAAGAAAAAGCUUCGAAGUCGUCAAAUUUGUUUAUGACAAACUUCUGGACAUGAAAGGAACUAUCAAUGGAGUACCUGUUGUGUUGGUGGGAAACAAAUGUGAUCUGGCAACAGAAAGAGAAGUACCAUUUGAAGAGGGAAAGAGAUUGGCUGACAGCUGGAAGGUGGCUUUUUUGGAGACCUGUGCGAAGGAGCAUCACAGUGUGACAGAAGUUUUCACCCAGAUUAUCCUGGCCAUUGAGAGGGCAGAAGGAAACAACCCAGACCAGAAAAAUUCAUGUGUGUUAUCUUGAUGACAAUAUUGCAGGAUUUACUCCUCUAUAUUAUCAAUGUAAAUUCAAUGUAUAUGCACUGAAGAAUUUAUUUGUAAUGUAUAUUAAAUUUCUUAUGAAUGUACAAUGAUGUUGUAUUGUUUAAUGUGAGAGAGGGUCAUCUCAGGUGAAAAUGGCUUAUUUUAUAUUUAUUUUAUCUUUGUUAAUGGAUUUGAAAUUAAGAAUCGCAACAAUACUAGUAAAUAAUUUACUGGAAAAUGCAUAUUAUAUUCCUCAUGCACAAUUGUAAUAUUACAUUUGAGAUCAAUUUUUAUUAGAAUAUUGAUGUAAAUAUUGUACAACAAACAACACAAGGUUUUAGAGAAGAAUAUUAAAACCAAUGGGAUGUUGAUGAAUUGUACCUCUGGAUUUUGUUUUUGAGCUACAUUGUAAAUCAUGUUCUGUGAAUGUCAGGAGUUUUGUUUUAUUUGUUGCAAUGUUUCAAAAUGCGAAUGUUUUAACAGUUACUUUGAAAAUUUAGUCUGUGGGUUUUCUGUGAAACCGAUCGAGUCAUCAAAUGUUUAAUGGAUUCUUCAUGCAAUAAAAUGAUAAACAUUUUA